AUGGCAGGCACACUACCCGCCCACGCCUCGCCCGCCUUUGCGCCGCUCCACGCCCCGCUGCCCGCGCCCGCCCAUGGCCGCCCGCAGCCGUCGCGCAACCUCUCCGAAUUCCACCUCGAAGCCUCCACCCCUCCGCGAACCGACGCCAGCGACUCCAAUGACGAGGACUCGCACCCGCCGCCGCCCUCCAUCAUCUCGCCCGCCUUCACCCCACCCGCCACUCCCGGCGGCCGGAGCACUCCCGCCCUGAGCCGGGACGCCGCCUCGGUGCCCGUCGACCACAGCGCCGCCGACGAGCACAAGCCGACGCUGGUGGAGAAGCUGCCCGAGGUGCAAUGCGUCGUGCGCGCCCGCAUCCCGACCACGACCGGGCAGGAGAUGUUCCUGCACGUCUACCAGAACGACGUCGACAACAAGGAGCACCUGGCCAUCGUCUUCGGCAACGACAUCCGCUCGCGCUCGCUGGACGCCCCGCGCCCCGGCGAGACGGAGCGCGACCGCAUGAUCCGCGGCGCCUACAUCGGCCGCCUGUUCCCCGGCCGCACGAGCAGCCGCCUCGAGCAGAUCAAGCAGGAGGCCGGCGUCGCGACAACCCCCCAAGAAACAGCAUCAUCACCGGCAGCCGAGCACCACGAACACCACAACUCGCCGCUCGUGCGCAUCCACUCCGAGUGCUACACGGGCGAGACGGUGUGGAGCGCGCGCUGCGACUGCGGCGAGCAGCUCGACGAGGCCGCGCGGCUGAUGAGCCUGCCCAGCUCGUCGGGCGGCGUCAUCGUCUACCUGCGCCAGGAGGGCCGCGGCAUCGGCCUCGCCGAGAAGCUCAAGGCGUACAACCUGCAGGACCUGGGCAACGACACGUACGAGGCCAACCUGCUGCUGCGGCACCCCGCCGACGCGCGCAGCUACGGCCUCGCCACCGCCAUGCUCGUCGACCUCGGCCUCGGCGGCGACGCCGGCAUCCGGCUGCUGACCAACAACCCGGACAAGGUCGCCGCCGUCGAGGGCCCCAACAGGGAGGUCGUCGUCAAGGACAGGUGCGCCAUGGUGCCCCUCGCGUGGAAACAGGGCACGAAGGGCAGCGAGGAGGUGGAGAAGUACCUCUCGACUAAAAUCGAGAAAUUUAAGCACAUGCUCAGCCCUGCUGCGUCAUGA